UCCACUCUCGAGCUCACUAUAGCAUACGCUGCGCUAAGAUGGUGGGCGCCGCGUGCUUCCUGGAUUCCAGCAACGAAGCAGUCACAGUCCUCUACAAAAUCAAUCGCAUAUUUGCUGACUUCUGGGCCAAACUACACCAACGUAUGUACCCUAAACAACAUACCCGGCUGCCAGGCUGAUUACCCAACCGGAAUCCACGUCAGACCACCGCGAUGCAGGAAGAUGUAACCUCUAGGGAAGUCCAACUGAGACAACAGGCACACUUACUCUGCCCUUCAACCGCAUCCUGCAACUCCGCAAGCCUGGGUCCUGGCGGACAACUCUUUGAAUCUCUCUCACUGAGGGAUCAGUUGGUAGGAUACCUCUGGGCACCAUGUGUCCUAACCCUCUCCUCACAAAAGGCAUCACCCCAGUCCCCAGAUACAACUCAGACGGGGUGUGGAUCUGUGCCCUUGGCUCAAGCGAGGCAGUACAUUCCUCUUGGAAGGUACAGGAUGAGCUGCACCACCUCACAAGCUACAGAAACCUUCUGUUAUGUCUCUCCUGAUUGUCUUUCAUAGUUUUGCUAUACCUGCUCAUUCACUCUUGAGAUUAUGGUAGUUGCUGGACUGCUACUAAAACAAAGAAGGGCCUCCCAGAUGGGCACAAGUACAACUAGGCUGCUCAGCUUGCUAUUUAUGUGCUAUGCUUGUGCAUUAGCUUCUAAACUGUCUAUGGCAUGUACUUGCCUUUAAAAGCCUGAUGUCUCUUUACUCACAAUGCCAUC